AUGAUCCAUGCAAGUUUCCAAGUCAAGAGCAUCAAUUUAUCUCCAAGUGAUAAUUCUCGCUACCAAGCAGAAACGAAGCUCCGGAAGUUUGGCCGCGAACGGAGGCGUUCCCGACGUCCAAAAGUCACGAUCUUGAUAUGGAAAGAUAGAUACUUGAGUCAUGCAUCACGUCGAAGUGAAAUAAGACAUUUGGAUCAACCAUUAGGCCGGAACUUAUUUUCUACCAAGACAUGUCCGGUUAGCGACCAAACGGAGCCCCUGGAGGAUUUGGAGUAUUUCAGCUCGGCUCUGAUUCUCGGGUCGGGUCAAACCCAUUUCCCGAUGCAGACAAAUUCUCACCCUUUCUCGUCGAUCUCCGAUCAUCACCACCAUCAGAAUCAGCAUCAUCCAUAG